AUGGUGUCUUUGGUAGCCAUCAACAAGCCUUGCGGCCUCAGCUCAGCCCAGGUGGUGCGAGAAUGCCAGCAAGCCUUCAACCCCUCUUCCUUCUUCAAGCCCAUGAUCGAUGCAGAAAUCGCGCGCCGACUUAAGGAAUCGGGCCCUCAAUUCAAUCGACGCAAGGCCGAGAAGAAAGCGUCACAAGUCAAGAUUGGCCAUGGAGGAACUUUGGACCCUUUGGCUACCGGAGUCCUGAUCCUCGGCAUCGGCUCAGCCACGAAGCAACUGCCCCAGUUCCUCGACUGCACCAAGACCUACGAAACCGUCGUCCUAUUUGGCGCAAGCACCGAUUCCUAUGAUCGAGUGGGCCGUAUCCUGUCUAAGCGACCAUACGACCACAUUACACGGGAAAUGGUGGAGAAGGAGCUGGAAACCUUCAAGGGAAAGCAGAUUCAGAUUCCACCCUUGUUCUCGGCGCUCAAGAUGAACGGCAAGCCGCUCUACGAGUAUGCGCGCGAAGGAAGACCUAUACCCAGGGAGAUUGAGGGAAGGGAAGUCGAGGUGUUGGAAGUUGAGCUUCUGGACUACUACGAGCCGAAGACACACAACCACCGCUGGCCAACGGAGGAGGCCGAGGCGUCUGAGCGCAACCUUGCCGAGCAGGUCUGGAGGGUUAAGAAGCAGCAGGAGACUGCGCGAAAGCUCACGCCGGAGGAAAAGGAGCAAGAUGACCAGGCGGUCGCGGCCCACGAGACGUUCAAGCGCAAGUUUGAAGAGCGACAGGAUGAGCUCAUUAGAGAUGCGCCGCGCAAGAAGCAAAAAACUGCGAGGCACUCAGCCAUGAUGUCUGGUGCUCUCGGUCAGCUACCUCAACCCGUCUACUCUAGUAAGGGCAAGAAUCUCGUCCCUCCAUCGCCCGACGAAAGCACUCCCCCACCAUGGAGCGAUGAGGGACCCUCUGCCGCCAGGAUUCGACUAAAGGUGACGUCGGGCUUCUACGUCCGAAGCUUCUGCCAUGAUCUCGGCACCAAGCUGGGAUCUGCGGGUCUCAUGGCGGAGCUUGCCCGUGUCCGCCAGAGCGACUUCACCAUCGGUGGCACAAACUGCCUUGAAUACGAUGAUUUGGCCAAAGGAGAGGAGGUCUGGGGUCCCAAGGUCGCUGAUAUGCUCGCGCGAUGGAAUGGCGAGCCCGAAGGAAACUGGUCCGGCCCCAAGGCAGCUUCCAAGGCCCCGAGCCCAUCUUCCGAGAAGGUCGAGGUGCAGAAGAAGCAGGAAAAGAGGAGCACCAGCCCAGUUGCAUCACCUACUAAUGCUGCUCGAUCGGAGAAGCGAUCACGGUCUCCAUCUGUCAAUGGUGCGGCAUCACCUGCUCGCAAAAUCCAGGCAAAGGGUGACGGAGAGAAGCCAACUCGGCAGACAAAUGGCAACAAAGUGCCCAGCAAGUCGGACGAUGAAAAGUCUUGGAACGGCUUCGACGACUAA